AUGCCUCCCUCCGACGGCAAAAGCAAGUCUGGUCUAAUCAGCAAGGCCCAACUUGGACUCUAUUGGGAGUUAUUACCCAAGGUACCCUUGGUCGUUCGUGUCGCUCUACUCCACGUCCUCAAGAUGUCGGAUGCGGCACACUACUUGGACCUAAGGAGCGAUGUGACCAUCUCGGUCCUGCGGUCACUGCUGGAUCGCUCAAAGCCUCGGGGGAUUCUCAAGACUCAGGCUAUGACCUUGUCGGAUCCGGGUGUCAGGGGGAGGAUCUGGAUCAGCACGGUGGCUUCCAAAGUGCCUCCCGAGCAGGGACUAAGAGACGCACUGCUGGCCGCCAUCAGUGACAUGGGCGAUGCUGGCACCAAGAGCACAAGCUUCAGGAUACCGGAUAUCGUGCCCAUCGAAGCGGAAUGGACGGGUUACCGAGCCGCGGCAACUCCUGAGUCGACACCUCCACCGAUGACAGAGGAGCAGAAGUACCAUGAGAUGAUGAAGGAAUGCAAGAACUCGACGACCGUGCUAUACUUCCAUGGGGGAGCUUAUUACCUAUGCGAUCCGUCGACGCAUAGGCCCUUAUGCAAGAAACUGGCCAAGCUCACGGGGGGACGGGUUUAUUCGGUACGGUACCGAUUGGCACCUCAACACCCGUUCCCAUCAGCGGUAUUGGACGCCCUGGUCUCCUAUUUUACGCUUCUUUACCCGCCUCCGGGGUCUGUCCACGAAGCCGUAGCGCCGGGAGAUAUUGUCUUCGGCGGCGACAGCGCUGGAGGCAAUCUCACAUUAUCUCUUCUCCAGACUCUGCUACAUUUCCGACGGCACCACGUCAAGAUCCCGUGGUUUGGCGAGGAGAGAGAAGUCCCUCUCCCGGCAGCGGUAACUGCCAACUCUCCGUGGCUGGACCUUGUGCAGAGCAUGCCCUCGUGGACGACGAACCAGAAAUGGGAUUACCUACCUCCGGCAAAACUACUCUCCUCGAAGCAGCCGCCAGCGGAUGAGGCUUGGCCAGCAAAGCCACCGCGGAAACACAUCUAUAUCGACGACGCAUACAUGCUGCACCCCCUGGCAAGCCUCCACCUGAGCAAGAGCUGGGAGGGAGCUCCGCCGAUCUACAUCUGCUGCGGGUGGGAGUGUCUGGCCGACGAGGACAAGUACCUAGCCUCGAAGCUGACGAAAGACGGCGUCACGGUGGUAUUCGAGGAGUACGAGGCCAUGCCGCACGUCUUCGCCUCGAUACUGACGAAGCUGCCGGAGUCGAGACGGAACCUUGACGGCUGGACACAGUUCAUCACGGCAGCGUGCAAGGAUCCGGAGAGCAUCAAGUCGACCUUCACCUCGAUCAAGGCCAAGACACUGGAAGAGGUCGAGAUCGAUAUCAAGAAACUUACGCCGUUCAGUGAGGAGGAUGUAUCGACCAUGGCGUACGAGCGGAUAGGGCGAAAGGCGCCUCUGCCUGAAGCGGCACCGAUGCUGUGA